GUAGUGUUUGGUUUUCUGGAAACAUGGAGAUGGAGCAAGAGCAUGUUAUUUUGCUUCAGAAAAUCUUGGUUGUUCUAUUUUCUGUGGCUUUGUUCUGGAAGAUAAUUAAGCAUAUGUGUGGCCUGUUGAACAUAGAAAAGGAGCCUGUAACGGUACUCGUUACCGGCGCUGCAGGGCAAAUUGGCUAUGCUCUUGUUCCUAUGAUUGCCAGAGGGUUGAUGUUAGGCCCUGAGCAGCCUGUAAUUAUUCACAUGCUUGAUAUCGAACUAGCAGCUGAAGCCUUGAAUGGAGUCAAAAUGGAACUGAUUGAUGCUGCCUUUCCUCUUCUCAAGGGUGUUGUUGCGACGACAGACGUUACUGAAGCCUGUCAAGGCGUCAAUAUAGCCGUCAUGCUUGGCGGAUUCCCGCGGAAGGAAGGCAUGGAAAGGAAGGACGUAAUGUCUAAAAACGUAGCGAUUUAUAAGGCUCAAGCUUCAGCCUUAGAUCAGCAUGCUGCCCCUGACUGCAAGGUGUUAGUUGUUGCCAAUCCAGCAAACACCAAUGCACUUAUUUUGAAAGAAUUUGCGCCUUCGAUCCCGGAUAAAAACAUCACUUGCCUUACCCGUCUCGAUCAUAACAGAGCAUUAGGCCAAAUCUCCGAGAAGCUAAAUGUUCAUGUUAGUGAGGUGAAGAACGUUAUCAUAUGGGGCAAUCACUCAUCAACUCAAUAUCCGGAUGUUAAUCAUGCAACCGUAAAAACCGCCAAUGGAGAGAGGCCUGUUAGAGUUGCAAUAGCUAAUGAUAACUGGUUGAACACCGAGUUCAUUACCACGGUGCAGCAGCGGGGAGCGGCCAUUAUCAAAGCUCGCAAGCUAUCGAGUGCAUUAUCUGCUGCAAGUGCUGCUUGUGAUCAUAUACGUGAUUGGGUGCUUGGAACUCCCAAGGGAACAUGGGUGUCCAUGGGAGUGUGUUCUGAAGGGUCAUAUGGAAUUAAGGCUGGCAUUAUUUACUCCUUCCCAGUUACAUGUGAGAAAGGAGAAUGGUCCAUUGUUAAGGGGCUGAAGAUAGACCAGUUGUCGAGGGAAAAGAUGGAUGCAACGGCCAGAGAGCUUAUGGAGGAGAAAACACUUGCCUAUUCUUGCCUUCAUUGAUUACUCAUGUCGAAUAACUAAACUCGUGAAAAUAAUAUUUGUAAUAAUAAUAAAGCCACAACUCCUUCA